AUGCCUUCCCUUCGCCGGCUUCUGCCCUUUCUUACUGCGGGCUCUGCCGCUCUGGCAAGCCAAGAUGCGUUUCAAGACAAGUGUACAGACUUUGCAAGGAAAAUAACCCUGCCUAACGUGCGGGUGAAUUUUGUCAAUUACGUGCCGGGUGGCACCAAUGUUUCUUUGCCAGAUAAUCCAACCAGUUGCGGCACAACUUCUCAAGUAGUAUCCGAGGAUGUGUGCCGCAUUGCCAUGGCUGUUGCAACCUCGAACAGCAGUGAAAUCACCCUCGAAGCGUGGCUCCCCAGAAACUACACUGGCCGCUUCCUGAGUACGGGCAACGGUGGUCUUUCAGGCUGUAUCCAGUACUAUGAUCUAGCGUACACCUCCGGCCUAGGGUUUGCCACGGUCGGCGCCAACAGCGGCCACAACGGAACAUCUGGAGAGCCUUUCUACCACCACCCCGAGGUCCUCGAAGACUUUGUACAUCGUUCCGUGCACACCGGUGUCGUGGUUGGCAAGCAAUUGACCAAGCUCUUCUACGAGGAGGGGUUCAAGAAGUCGUACUACCUCGGUUGCUCCACCGGUGGUCGGCAGGGAUUCAAAUCCGUUCAGCAAUACCCCAAUGACUUUGACGGUGUUGUGGCCGGCGCACCGGCAUUCAACAUGAUCAACCUCAUGUCAUGGAGUGCCCACUUCUACCCAAUCACGGGGCCAGUCGGGUCAGACACAUACCUAUCCCCCGACCUGUGGAACAUCACCCAUAAGGAGAUCCUGCGUCAAUGCGAUGGUAUCGACGGAGCAGAGGACGGCAUUAUCGAAGACCCCAGUCUUUGCAACCCCGUCCUUGAGGCUAUCAUCUGCAAGCCUGGCCAAAACACCACGCAGUGUCUAACGGGCCAGCAAGCCCACACCGUUCGCGAGAUCUUCUCCCCGCUGUAUGGAGCGAACGGCACCUUGCUUUAUCCCCGCAUGCAGCCUGGCUCCGAGGUGAUGGCCUCGUCGAUGAUGUACAACGGUCAGCCGUUCAAGUACAGCACCGACUGGUACCGCUAUGUCGUCUACGAGAACCCCAACUGGGACGCAACGAAGUUCACCGUGCGCGACGCGGCCGUCGCUCUGAAGCAGAACCCAUUCAACCUGCAGACCUGGGACGCAGACAUCUCCGCAUUCCGCAAGGCCGGCGGCAAAGUCCUCACCUACCACGGACUCAUGGACCAGCUCAUCAGCUCGGAGAACUCCAAGCUGUACUACGCGCGCGUCGCGGAAACCAUGAACACGUCUCCGGACCAACUGGAUGAGUUCUACCGCUUCUUCCAGAUCAGUGGAAUGGCGCAUUGCAGUGGAGGUGACGGCGCAUACGGCAUUGGAAACCAGCUCGUGACCUAUAACGAUGCCAACCCGGAGAACAACGUUCUCAUGGCGAUGGUUCAGUGGGUGGAGAAGGGCAUCGCCCCGGAGACGAUUCGUGGUGCUAAGUUCACCGAUGGCGCGGGCUCGGCCGUGGAGUACACCCGCAAGCACUGUCGCUACCCUCGCCGGAAUGUAUACAAGGGGCCAGGGAACUACACUGAUGAGAACGCGUGGCAGUGCGUGUAG